AUGGAGGAGCGGGCGGCAGCCGUCCACGUGGAAGUUUGUCCUAUAGCAGUGAAGAUUGCGCUGCAGAUCACGGAGAGGGUGGCGAGAGACGGUGGGGCGGCGCUGAUAGUGGAUUACGGGGAGGACAGAAUGAUAUCAGACAGCCUGCAGGCCAUCCGCAAGCAUGAGUUUGUGAAUGUGCUGGAUGCGCCUGGCACGGCGGACCUGAGUGCGUAUGUGGACUUCGCUGCCCUCCGCCAAACUGUCAUCGACUCCAAGUUGCCUGCACGGGUAUACGGCCCCAUCACCCAGUCACAGCUGCUGGGGCGGCUGGGCAUCAACUUCCGCUGCCUGCACGAGCAUACGGCCCCAUAA